GGAGGGCACAGAAGGCAUGGACAACAUUGUGCAUACAGGUUCAUCUUCAAGUCUCUCUGCUGUUCUCCAGCCUCCUGUAUCAGAUCCUGUUGUACUGGGAGGAGAUACAACUUUGCAGUGUUCAAUACUCACAGAUACGUCUGCAGGAGAACACAGUGUGUACUGGUUCAGACAUGGAUCAGGAGAAUCUCAUCCAGGAAUCAUUUACACUCAUGGAAACAGGAGUGAUGAGUGUAAGAAAAGCUCUGAGACUGAUUCUCCUACACAGAGCUGUGUCUACAAACUCCCCAAGAGAAACCUCAGCCUCUCUGAUGCUGGAACUUACUACUGUGCUGUGCUCAUGUGUGGAGAGAUCAUCUUUGGGAACGGAACUAAACUGGACUUUGUAGACAAAAGUGUUUUGGUCCCUGUCACUCUUGGUUUAGCAGCAUUAACCAUCAUCUCCAUGGCUGUGGUUCUAUUUCUGUACAGAAAAUUACACAACAGUCGUCAGAAAGAUGCUGCUGAAGGUCACACAGUCCAAGUAAAUCAGGGUGAAUGUGAUGAAGCUUUGAACUAUUCAGCACUGAGUUUCACUAAUAAACCACCGUCAUCCAGAGGAACUAGAAGACAACAGAAGCUUAAAGACACUGAAGUUUACUCGCAGAUCAAACAUCCCCAAUAAAGCUGAGUUACUGAAACUGAAAAGAGUCUUCUGACCCUUUGCUGAGGUUCACUCGUAACAUCAGCUGAUGAUAGUUGGACAUUUGGUUCGAUGACUAUGUGAAUGUAAUCAAUGAUAAAUUAAUUAACCCUUUUGCUUUUCUGUGGUUUGUAUUAAAUCACCCUUCCUUCUUAUUAACAUUAAAGAUAACU